AUGGUGUCUAGCUUCUACAUAGCAAUGAAUGUUCGAUCGACAUCAUUAUUCCAUGAUUACAAGAUAAUAAUUUAGACAGAGUUCGAUAAACAGAGUGCAGGAUACUGCACCGGCAAAUUACUAGUUAUUCCCUGGAUGUGUUCUUCCGAUGUUCUACUAUUAUAAUGUUUCAUUAAAGUAAAUUCGAAGACGGUGACUAGGUUUGAUGGCGCUCCGAUAUUCUGUUCAUUCUCUUUAAGAUAGGGGGCGGUAUAUUUUUCAUAACACAAGGGAAACAACUUCGGCGUUGAGGAAAACACGUGACUUGAAUUAUACUAUUUUCUGCAAAUAAAUAAAAGAGUCAAAUAAUCUAGUGCUGUUCUGUGAUGAAACUAAAUAUGGAAACGAUUAAUUGGAAGUUACUUUUCAUAUAUGGAUAUUUCACCGAAGACUCAAGAGGACUAUAUAGAAUUAAAUAUGAUUUUAUAUUUCUUCAAUAAUUUGUUUAUUAACACCUAUUAAUUGAUGUAGAGUUGUUUAACACGGAAUAUAUAUUCAAAUGUCUGAUCGGAUAUGCAGGAUGAGGAGAAAGCGUCAAAUUUUCUGGACGAUGUAGGUGCAACUCCAAUUAGAAAAAAUGGAUACCAGAAGCAAACGGGUGACGAUGAACGAAUUUUGCUCAAUGUUGGUGGUGUUCGACACGAGACCCACGUUUCGACACUCCGGACUAUACCGAACACAAGACUUGCGCGUCUUGCUGAAUACCACGUUCUUUCAGAUAAAAAAGAUGAAUACUUUUUUGAUCGUCAUCCUGCUGUUUUCAAUUCAGUAAUUGAUUUUUACAGAACGGGUGAGCUACAUGUUCCGCUCGAAGUAUGUGGAGCAGUGGUAAAAAGGGAGUUAGAUUUCUGGCAAAUAAGUGAACUGCAUAUCAAAUCAUGCUGCUGGCGGCAUUACAGAUCAUACAUAGAAAACAAACGAAUCCUGGACUCUUUUAACAAGAGCUUAAAGAAAGAGCAAAUAUAUAUAAAUCUGGAUGAUUACGAAGGAUGGAGAAGAUUUCAAAUGAAAGUCUGGUUAAUUUUAGAACAUCCAAGGACGUCAAGAAAGGCAAUGAUAUAUGGAGUUAUAUCAUUACUCUUUGUAGUGACCUCGAUCUUAGGGUUUACCUUAGAGACUUUGCCACAACUACAACCAACAAGAAACUACACGAAAACUAACCAAACCAUCGAUUGCAAUGGGGAGAAAAAACAACUUGUUCAAAUUAUGACGCAACAUCCAGCAUUAGAAAAACUAGAUUUGAUAUGUACUGUUUUCUUCACAAUAGAGUUGAUAGUACGAUUUAUAUUUGCUCCGAAUAAAUUAGGUUUUGUUCGUUCAAUGAUGAACAUAAUUGACUUACUAGCACUUGUUCCGUUGUAUAUGCAACUGAUUUUCAGCACAUCUGAAAUGCGUUCGUGCUAUAUGAAUGAGCAAUUUAUCAUUCAGAUCAUGUUCAUACUACGAAUUGCCAGAAUGUUCAGGAUUUUUCAUCUUGUAAAGCAUUAUCAAGCACUAAAAAUAUUAAUAUAUGCUUUGAAAGCUAGCGUACAGGAAUUAUUCAUGCUUGCCAUUUUCUUACUAAUUGGAAUGCUAGUUUUCGCAUCGAUCAUUUACUAUGCAGAGCUACAGGAUUUAACGACACCUGGGGAAAAAUUCACUACGAUUCCCAUGGGAUUUUGGUGGGCACUGAUUACCAUGACGACGGUCGGAUAUGGCGAUGUAUAUCCGGUUACGGUAUAUGGUUAUGUAGUUGGUGCAUGUUGUGCUGUGUCUGGUGUUUUGAUGAUAGCUUUAACUAUUCCUGUCAUCUCAAACAAUUUCACCUUGUUUUAUACUCAUGUCCGGUCACGUGGCUCGGAUUCAGACGGAAGUCAAAAUUCUGGAUCACAAGACACACUGUCGCUUCCAAGUUACGCAGAAGGAGGUUGUGAUCAUACUAUUGAAGAUAGAAAACCGUCAAAUGGGUCUCUUGUUUUAGAAACGUAUAUGAAUGGAACUUCAGUCCUCAGAAAAAUUUCUUACAAGAAAAAACAGCAUAAAUAUUCACCCAUGGGUUUCAUUGCAGAAUCGAAUUCUAUGUCAAAUUUACCUUCUCAGAGAGAAGAAAAUGAUUUCGAAAUGACAAGGACAAAUAGUAAUAAAGCCAGGUCCGAUGAUGGUGUAACAUAUGAUAGAGGCUCUAUAAACGAUAUAUGUGAGAGUAACUCUUAUCACAAGUCUUGAUAAUGUAUGAUGUUGCUCAAAUACACUUCAGACAUUCUUUAUUUAAGAUGACUUUGCACUUUUCAAUAAAGUCAAACUUCAUUUGCUGCCGCCUGUAGGUCUUUCAAACACUAAAGCGCUGUAGAUUUUAAACAUUUGUUUAUAUGCACCGAGCGCAUGUUUGACAUUUAUAUUUCAUCUUGGUAGCAAACAUUGAUUGUUUUCUAGAUGGCACUAUUAAUUUGCUUUCUUAGUCAUCAUUAAAAAUAUUUUUCGAAAGUACAUAAUUUUCGACAAACAGAUGAAUAAAAGAGAUGUUAAAUCAAUUUCUUAAACAUAUGUAUAUUAAUAGUAUGAGUUUAGUAAAAUCAAUGUAUUUGAAUAUCACAAUUGGCUUCCAUUUUGCUCAAUCGAUUUAUGUACUACAUGUGAAAUAAAUUUGACAUUAUUGCUGGUCAUAUUGCUUCGGACUGGACUCCUUCCUCUUCAUAUUCGUCUUUUUUUCUUUGCAUUCUAUAUCUAACAUUUUACUUAUUAAUUCCAUGAAAUGAAAUUAAAAAAUAUGUUUUCAAGAUUUGUAACAUUUAAAAUUCAGUGGAUAUAAGGAAAUCUGAAUUAGGCGUGAUUUAUAUAUAUCUUCGUUUGAUGGACUCCACAGAUGAAACUCAUGUUUCAAACUCUUUUGUUAACGUACGCAGUUUGAGUAUUGCUGUUUUUUUCAUUGCUGCAAAAUCACAUCAUGAAAUACAAAAUUUUCAAUACAGUAAGGUUGAUCUUUUAUAUUUGUGAAAAGGUUGGAGUCCUGUCUUUAGAAAAGGCUAAUGAUUAGUUUGUGCUGCUGUAUUUCUUAAUGAAAAUAUUAUCUGUAGUGUGUAUUGGAACAGGAAGGUUUAUCAACAUUUGUUUUGACAAUUAUUUUUACUUAUCGUACAAUACAUACUAUGCAUUUCAGUUGUUCACUUUGUGAAAUAGUUCUUUUAUUGGUUCACUUUUUUAAUUAUAAAAUAUUAAACGACUAGUAGAUUGUUAUUUAAUGUAAAAAAAAAAAAAGAAGGAAACUUAACAGUCAUGAUUCUGAGUUUCACUAUACAUUUUUGUUAUGUUUUCUUUAUAAUUAUAAAUUAUAUUUUUGGUACACACAUUCUAUCUUGAUAUGUUUAUGCAAUUUUUCAAGUGUCUUAUAGUUAGAAUAAUUUCCUUAUUCUUUAGACACCCUGUACAGCUGGUUUUAUAUUUUCUAGGUUUUAGAAUGAACAAAAUCUUCAAAUCAUCCAAUCGAUUUGUCCUUAAUGUAUUUAACGAAUAAAAUUAAAGAAUCUUCGUUUUUUUUUAAAUAAUUUACACCAUUUAAAGUUUAAGGAGUCAUCCAUAAUUGUCAACCAUUUUCCAAAGUGUACAAAACGUACACUUGGGGGGAGGGAGUUACAAAAUAAACUUUUUUUUACCGUACGCUUUUGAAAAACAUAAGAACAUUUUGAAGAAGAAAACAGUCAGACUUGUUUCAAUGCAAAUUUCUAUAUUAAACGAAACUAUAAAAGACAAGAUAUUUUCUUAUGAAGAAUGAUCGAUUCUAGUCUUGAAAUCUGAAAUGGUUGAUGUACACUUUUUGAAGGAGGGUAGGAGGUCUGAAAAAAGUGUAUGUUUUGUACAUUGUGGUUAAUGGUUGACAAUUAUGAUGGAACCCUAAAUACAUGCGAUAAAGUUCACAUUUAAAAACAUAUCACUAUUUUAGAAAUCACAAAGAAAAAAUUAAAUGAUGAAGCUAUAGUUCAGUCUCAGCAAAGUCUGUGUUUUAAUGUUUUAAUACUACAACGAAAUACGACAGAAAUUUUUAAACAAAACGUAAAGAAAUCUAACGGAAGUAAAAUUAUAGUUUUUCAUUUAAAUACAAGCAAAUGCAAUUAAAAAUUUCAAAUUAUUUAAUGGAAAUGUGAACACGGGAUGUAAAUUUUAUAGUAUUGUAACUGCUGAAUAAGGAUAUAUGAUAAAACUAAAGGAUUUUACCCAUUUCCUGAUUUUUACCCUGUAAGUGAAACAGUUACGGGUGAAAUGGGUCAUACUUUAUCAACAAGAAUUUGGCAUGUGGUAUGCACAUGAAAAGCAAAAAUUGAUUUUUUUAUAUAUAUACUUCAUCAAUUCAUGUCGAAAUCACUUUUUCUGUUGUAAUUAUUUCAAUCAUUCCAAAGUAAAUAUUCAUUGUUGUCGUCAAUAUAUGUACAUGUCAUUUCCUUAAUUUCAAUUCAAUGGUUGGAUUGGGUAAAUAUUUCUUAGUCACUGAGGGAAGAAUUUUAUUGCACCCAUCAUCACGCGGUUAUACAUAACUUCUACCAUUUACAAGUAUUUUACCUGUCUUUUAUGUUUUGUGAUUUUCGCUACUUAGUAUUAUUAA